CAAUCAGUAGAGCCGAGAAUUCCAAAGCGUGUGUACUUACUCUUGAAUUCCCCGCGAUCCGCAUUCCGAUUUCAAGCCUAACGCGGAGCGCAAACGAGCGAGGGAGAGAGACAUUCAAGCAUUAUCUCUACGCACGUUUAAUCCUCCCCCCCUCUCUCUCUUUCACUCCUCCUCUCCGUUUCAUCCGGUUCUUUCCGUUUUCGCUUUCUCCGUCCGAAACUUUUGGUCGAUCGUUUCUAUUUAUCCUCGACGCUCCGUCUCUGUCUCGUUCCGUUCCCUCACCUCUUCCUACGCUCUUCCUCCCUCUCUCCAUCCGCGUCUCCCUCCCUCCAUCGUCGCUCCCACAUCGCUUCUCGCGAUCUAAUACUGCGGCGCGCGUUUACCAGUGGGAUCGUUUCUGAAAGCGCAAUAGUCAACUGUGACGACGUGAGCAGACGUGAGUGUGUGUGAGAGGCUUGCAAACGCGUUCCCUGUUCCCUCGACCGCAGCAAGAGAGAAAGAGAAAAAGACCGUCGCGGAAACCGGGCGAGCCAAGCCGAGCGGGAUAAAACGGGAGAAAAAGGGAGAGGCGAGAAUCUCUCCGCGCUAGCUAAUCGGGGAAAGAAUCGAAGGAAACGAACGAGGAACGAACCGAUACGAGGAAAAAAGCGAUCGAGCGGAGAGCUAUCCGGUCCACGUCACUGGCGGGGCGGAAAAAAAUCGGAGGAAAGGAAAAAAGAAGAGAAAAGAACGAACGACCGCGUACGCGGCAGACGAGGCAACUUUACGACUCUCUCGGAGGAGCGUUGCUCGCCCUCGCGCCUUCGCUCUCCGGCUCCCUCCCUUCCUCUCCCUCCCCCCGUCCCUUCCCCUCUCGCCGCGCUCGCGCCACCCUCGCCUCGCGCGCGAUCCCUCCGCGCUAGCGGGAGUCUUUCCCUCUCCCCCUUGCGCUGUGCCUCCUCACUCUCUCUCUCUCUGUCGCACUCGUCGUGUCACUCCCCGUCCCCCCCUCGUUGCCGCCGCCGCCGCCGCUGCCGCCACCGUCGCCUUCGCUGCGGGUUCCUUUUCUUUUAAACACUCCUUCGUCAGUACGUCUCCGCCCGUCCGCGCGUGUUUGGUGCUCUCUUGUGCGACCGGAGAGAGAACAGCUCCGACGUUCUCCGUCCGUCCCGACGACACCGCGCACCGUCGCGGUCCACUCGCACGCCGCCACUCCGAGUCGAGUGUUUGCAUUAAAAUCGUGUUUUGUCCGCGCGCGCGCGCCCAACACGCGCCAACCCAUUCGCCAUUGAAGCAGCCGAGUACAAUUUGCGAUGUGUGAUAAUACUAACACGACGACGCAGAGUAUAGCGGACUACCUGUCACAGUUGCUGAAGGACCGCAAGCAGCUAGCUGCCUUCCCGAAUGUCUUCAUUCACGUGGAGCGGCUGCUGGACGAGGAGAUCGCGAAGGUGCGGGCGAGUCUUUUUCAAAUCAGCGGAGUGAAGAAGGAGCCGCUCAUCUUGCCGGAAGCCGAGGGCGACAUCACGACGCUCACGGAGAAGGUCUAUGUGCCCGUUAAGGAACACCCAGAUUUCAACUUUGUCGGAAGGAUUCUGGGACCGCGGGGUAUGACCGCGAAGCAACUGGAGCAGGAGACAGGAUGCAAAAUCAUGGUGCGCGGGAAAGGAUCGAUGAGGGAUAAGAAAAAGGAGGAACAGAAUCGGGGCAAGCCGAAUUGGGAGCACCUGACGGACGAGUUGCACGUGCUGCUCACUGUCGAGGACACCGAGAAUCGUGCCACGUUGAAGCUCGCCCGAGCAGUCGAGGAAGUCAAGAAGCUACUUGUGCCCCAGGCUGACGGCGAGGAUGAGCUAAAGAAGAGGCAGCUAAUGGAACUCGCCAUUAUCAAUGGGACUUACCGGGAUUCGAACACAAAGGUUGCCGCCGCGGCAGCCUGUGACGAGGAGUGGCGGCGGGUAGCCGCCGCCGCGGCAGAGACGCAGCGCCUGCUGCCGGGCCUGGCGACGCCGAUGCGGACUCCGAGCGCGCCCCUGGGCGCGCCGCUGAUCCUGUCGCCGCGGAUAUCGGUGCCGACGACCGCCGCGUCCCUGCUGAACGGCUCCGGGCCGCCCGGAUCGCUCCUGUCGGCCGGCGAUCCUCACGGGCUCAUCUACACGCCGUACGCGGACUACGCCAACUACGCCGCCCUGGCUGCCUCGCCGUUGCUCACCGAGUACGCCACUGCUGAUCAUUCUGGUGGGUUGUUUGCUCGUUGAUCACUCCCGUUGCCGUGUCCCCCCGCGCGGCACGGAGAGAGAAACGGAGAUGGUCGAAACGAACGCCUCUCCCCUCUACGUAAUACGAGAAACGGAGCUUUUUAUACGCGGAAAUGUUUUCUUUUUUUCUUUCUAAUUUUUUAAGAGAGAUGCGCGCGUAACGGAGGGAACGAAGCCGCGUGCUCUUUUAUUAUUUUUAUUAAUAUUGUUAUUAUACCGCAUGCGGCACGUCACUGACGAUUGGUGACUCUCUUUAACGGCUUCAACAGCAUUUAGUCAUUCUUUUCCCGUGCUGUGAAUCUCAAGAGAUUAGACGAGCAACGAUUAACGGAAGAAAUCUUUUCGAUAAGCUUAUUGUCGUACAUUUUUUUUUUAUCUGUACGUAUUAUAGUACGUAUAAAUAUUCUGCUGAGAUAAUGACCGUUGUAAAAAGUUGCCCAUCUAAUCCUGGUACCGGUGCCAAUUUUUAUACAUCACACGAAUUAGGAAAUUGUCACGGGAGAAUGAAACGAAAUUGAAUGCAAUGUUAUCACCGAUAGCGUUGGGCUUCGUGAAACGCGACGGACAUGCACAUCGCUUCGACGGGGGCGUCACCAAUCGACACGUAGCACGUACACAAUCACGUAAAUUUGUAAGACUAUAAUUGUUAAUUACGAACCGAUCGCUCUUGUAGCCGUUAAUUAUUAUUAUCCAUGUCGCGUCAUUAUCUCCGUUAUCAUCAUCGGUGAAUCGGUCGUCGUCCCGAUCAUCAUCAUUAUCAUUUUUAUCAUCAUCAUCAUCAUCGCCAUCAUCGUAGCGAGUACUUUUUGCGAGGAUAGCUUAGGAUUAUAGGACACAACCGAAAUCAGUCAUUUACUAGUCGCGUCAGUUCAGAUAUUAUAAUUACGUGAAAGCCUUAGCGUGUAAUGUUAUAUGCACCGCCUUAUCGAAAUAAUUGUGUCACGAAGAUUCAGGGUUAUCAAUAGCAGGUAGAGAACUGGUAGGAACGCGAACAGAACGGCUAGGCCGUGUUUCGGUAGGAUUCUAUCAGGAACGGUAUAGGUAUUAGGUAUAGGAGAAGACGGGACAGACGUACGUACGUACUCGUCGUGCGUGCUGUAUCGCGUGCAGAUGUAGCUAUACUAGUCUGAAAGCUUUUCUUUCUUUCUUUCUUUUUACACCGAUUUUCGUGCCGUUCACCAGCAGCCACGUGUUUCGCCGCCGGAAUACUUCUUUUCUCCUCGAGUCGCCUUUAGGGUAACCGCACGGUGCAAUUUUUGUACGAUAGAGGAGGAUAUUCUGCCUGAUUAAAUAGAGAUUUCAUUUUUUUUCUUCUCUCUUGAGAAGACUACGUAUUAAUCUGGAAGAUUAAUCUGCAAUUCAAAAAUUAAUCUGAAAUUCAGUCUUGUGAAAGAUUUUUUUAAAGAGAUGUUUGUAUAUCUAUAUAUCUCGAUGUAGAAAGUACCUGGUGAAAACGAGAAUAGAUUAUCUCUUGCUAUACGAGAAAUAUACUUUCGCCGUUCGAAACUGAUAACGUGAAAUUUAGCGGCAAUCAAAGUUGUUUUUAUUGGAUUUAUAAUUUUAUUUGACUUACAUUGACUUUUUAACGAGAAAUAUUGCUUAAAAUUGGAAUAUUGAUUUUGAGACCUAUACUUCCAUCUUUCGUAGUAUCGUGCUUAUAUUUACAUCUCAUCAGCCGGACAUGAUAUCCUCCUCUUACAGAUCGGACAAGUCUCACACCGCGUACGUGUAGUCCAAGGAGAUCGCGGGAAUCCAGCGAGGAGAUGAAUCACGUUGAACUCGAUCGCGUCGAAAGUUACGGCGAACCGUUAGUCAGGACAAUCCCGCGGAGUCUCGUCUUCGAGAAAAGAAAGAAGAAAAAAAACACGUCGAGAUAUUUCGGGUACGCGAGAAAUCUCCCGUCCAGUCCUCUUCCACCAGUAUCCAAAGUACUUCCCGUCGAGUGGUACGAGUUACUUGACUCCCUGACGCACGCGACGUUCGAUGCCCGGGCCUGUUUAAAAGCCGAGCGAUAUAUACUGUCCGGGAAUUAUACCCCUGGACGCGCGUUCUUCGUCGCGGCAUACGGAAGAUCGCGUCUGUCUUCCCCAUGAUUGAAAGGCAUCCAGUUACCCGGUGAAUGCUCGCGCAUUCGCGCGUCUUUUAACGUAUAAUAUAGACCGUAAGGGAAUGCCCUCGUGCGUAUUGUCUUGCGUUGAAUUUUUUUCUUACGGUUGAUGAGAGAUCCGUAACGCGCUGUCGCGCAUUACUCAAUGCAGUAAUCAAAGGCCAUUCUUGUUGUAGCUAUUUUUACAGAUACACGUGCGUGUGUACGCAUUGCACGUACGUGCGUAGAUAUAUAGAUUUCACAGAGGAUAUAUUAUAUAUUUAUUGAAGUAGACGGUAUUAAACGUUGCAUAAUAUAGGUUCUUUUUUUCUUAAAGCUUGUCUUAGAGUUCGAUUUGGUAGCUUCGAUGACGGGAAGGGACGUGUAUCGUCGUCCCGGGACGUUUCUUUUCCUUGCUAAAGAGAAUAAUCAACCGUUUUAAUCAGUAGUCUGUCGACAGGGUGGUGAUGGGUACAUUAAUCGAACCUUAGUGUCCGCGUUUUUUUUCUUUUCUUUCAUUUUUUUCAUCGCACACGUUCUCCGUUUACGCUUGAUUUAAAUUACACUUUUAACGACGAUUGCAACUACAGGAAGUACUACCACUAGAAUCCCAAUCGAAUCCCUCGGGUUUGACCUAACACGCGACUAAAACAACUAAUAACUCGAUCCGUCCACCUCUCCUACGAAACUCACUCUACGUUGCGUCUACUCAUUUUCCCUUUUGUCUUCUCUCUCGCUCCCGCCUCUAUCCGGAUGAAAACCGUACCUCUAAUUACGUAACUCUUUGACGACCCUAGCGCAGUAAUUACGCGAAUCGUCUAGCGCAGCGAUAGUCAUCUAAAAAAAAGAAGAAAAAAGAAACGGGAAAGAAGAAGAGUACUCGAUUGUGAGACUUCCGAGACAGAGUAGCUUUACCUUUUUUUUCCUUCUCUCCUCUACGCGAGAAAGAGAGAGAGACGUAAUCGCUGAGUUUUCACAGCUUGAAACGAAUCGGUCGAGGUGAUCGCGGUCGAUCGCACGAUAGCAAUCGGAUUAGCGAGCAAUUUAGCGAGGACUCAUCGGUAAUAAAUACAAAUUGGAUCUAUCGCGCGACACGCCAUACGAUGGCUGGUGAUAGGUAGCCUAUAAUAUACGUAGGAUUCUUCUCUUUUUUUUUCUUUAGACAGGCAAUAUAUAGGUGGAGGGAGAAUAUUACCCAGGGACCAAACAAUAUUUUGAGGACUGAUGGUUCUAGCGUUUACUUGUAGUGAAUCCAGACGAUACGGAUAAGACUAUGCGUUGAAAAAGUACUUCCUCUCUUUUUUUUUUUGUUUUCUUAUCGCGCGUCCACGCCGCCCCCCUCCCUUCGCAAAAGAGCAAAUAAAGGAGAAUCGAAUGGUGACUUUAGCGCACGUAUUUAUACAGAUUAUGUUAUAGACACGUAAUACUCUUUUUGAUGGCAUAGUCUUUAAGUAAUAUUUAAAUAUUUAAAUAUGCAAAUCGUGUAUAUAUAUACACGUGUGUAUAUAUAUAUGUACACACAUA